AUGGCGUAUAGUUCCACCCAGGCUUCCGGGCUGGCCGACACUGAACGCAACCUCCAGUCGAUUUUCAUGCGGCACGUUCGCCAGGAUGACAUGAUCCCUGACAGGCCGGUUCGGUCGAGUAUACACCCAGGACGAGGUGCUUCAGCGUCAUGCCAACCCCCGAUUCAGUACUUGAAAAGCCGACGCCUUCCGCGACCAUUCUAUAACAAGUUCCUCCGCCCCUCAGCCGAUCUGGCAAUUUCAAAAAGGCUUCGGCUGCACAUUGAUUGCAACCCAGAGAAAAACGCACUCAUUUAUCCUUACUUCAACGGCACGCUUCUCGACCUGGUCAGACACGACUCAGGCCUCGCAAGCACGCCACGGGUGAAGAUACUACGCCACAUCGCGGAGGCGAUUCAGGAGCUUCACGCCAAAGACUGA